AUGGCUCCAACCACACGUUCAGAGGCGCCGAAGAAAACAAAUCGAAAGAAGGUCGAAGGGCCGAAGUCGACGACAUCUUCUAUCGCGAAGGAAGCUGCGAAAAAACCAGUAAAGAACAAGACCCGGUCGAAACAUAAUGAUCGAGAUGAGAAGUCUCUUCCGACCAUCGACGAUGUUCGUGCCGUUCUACGACCGGAAGGUACCACUGUAAGCGACUUGAUGAAGCACUUCGAGGUCAGAUCACAAGACCGUGCCGAAAUGACUAGGUUACUGGCAUCCGCAAACCAGGACACGGCAGCAACGACAACAGGCUCAAGAUCCGUCGGAAAUUCGCUUUCUUCUCCCAAAGAUGGUCUGUUCAGCGCGGGGUUUCGACCUUUCUUCGACGACAUCUAUCAGCAGAAUCCAGCAGAGGCUCAAUUUGGAAGACGAGGCACGCUGUUUCCUACAUCUCCAGGAAACGCGACAUCUGCUGUUCAACACACCAGUCCUCGUAGAUCCAUCUUCGAGAGGGCGCAUUCGUUGAGUGGCGCUUCUCCAAGGAGACCGGCGCCUGCUUUCGAAGACAGUCAUGAAGCCAGCCCACGCCGGAGCGAUUUUGGGAGAAUGGCAUCUGUGAGUGUAACUCCUGCCGAGAGGACCGCCUGGGAGCUCCACGACUCCAGUCAGCGUAAAUCCAUAUUUGACGGRAAGUUGCCUUCCACGACCAAUUCUCCCCGAACUCCUCGAACACCACAAAGCCCGUUCGCGCCCAACAAAAGCCAGCCAGCAAAGAUCACAGUGUCAGCCGCGACCAAGCAAGACGCUGACAGCGUGCUGGCCCGACAGCAGCUUGUACGCGAGAGUCUGUUUGAGCUGCGGGACAUCAUAACCAACUUGAAUUGGAAAGUACAGCAGUUUGAGGCAUUGGUCGAUAAAGCUGAGAAAGAUGUGAUUUGGGACACCGCCUCUUUCAAUGACGAAGAUCUGGUCCAGGGGGGAGUGAAAGCUGGGAAGAGACUGCGCUUUGGCCCCGAAGCUUGA